AAUAACGGCUAAUAUUUUUGUCUUGAAAAUAGAAAGCGAAAUUCGGAAUGGAGAAUUAUGUAACAUAAUAAGUACAUACACGGUUCGCUGCAGCAGUGACGACCGAUAACGCACAUCAAUUUAGAGUUUAUCCGUCCACCAGUUCGGGGAGAACACUCGAGUGUACAAAAAUUAUUUCAAAUACAUUCUCAAAAUAAACUAUAUUUCUCUUCAAGAGUAAAAAUUUUCGCUCGUCUACAAAACUAUGAUAACGUAUAACCGAGUACGCGUCACCCGCGCUAUGUAAUGCAGUCGUUAGAAUGGAAUUCACGUUCUACCGUAAUAUACAUUCGGCUACAUCUCGCUCACGUUUCUUCAGGACUCUUAUAGGUAUGUAUUUCGUUUUGACGAUACCAAAAAUAAAAAACCAAGUUCCGUUCUCGGCAAUGACAGGAGAUAUAUACCUAUGAAGAAAUGACAGCCAGAACCUUCCAUAUUAUACAUCUGUUAAAAUUUGUCAGUUGGCUAGUUAUGAUCGGUCGGUGUGACGUUGAUUAUACCUGUAUAUACUAAACAUGUUGUGGAUCGCGGAACGUUAUAGUGCAAGAAAAUACCGGAGGAAAAAUAUACGAAUGUAAAAAAGGAAGCAAGAAAUCGCUGCAUCAGUUUUUCGACAAGGUGGGGAUCGUGAUGAAAUAUACGAAUGAGGUACCAAAUGAGGUACUUUGAUAUAAUUAUUGUACGUGCAGAAACCAAUUUUUUUCUUCGUGUAACCGAUAGGUAUACUUGUGAACCCUUUUGAUGAAACUCCAAGUGGCACCGCACUGUAAUUGCUAUAAAAGUGAUAAUCAUAAGUGGAAUCAUAAAGCGUCGUCGAAAGUGGUGUCAAUAGAUUAUUGAUAAAAAUACGACGCUGCUGGACCCUCUACUUUCAGUAUACGCUAUGUGGAAUUUUUCAACGUUCCUAUGCGCUAUCAUCGUCAUUGUUGUAUUUUGUAAAGUCGAUGCAACGCCGCGGAGAUUAUCAAGACAAAAACAGCCAAUCGGGAGGUCGACCUCGUUCGAAGAAAUUGUCCGUAAAACAGGGUACUUCGUGGAAGAACACUUUGUUACCACGUCGGAUGGUUAUAUUUUGAGUAUUCAUAGAAUAUUCGGCGGGCCAAAAUCACAACCGAAGCUAGGAAAACCACCGGUACUUUUGAUCCAUGGAAUGGUCGCUUCCUCGGACGUUUGGGUUAUGCGUGGCCCGGGAAAGGACCUGGUCUACCUUCUAUCCGACGAAGGAUUUGAUGUCUGGUUAUUAAAUGUCAGGGGUAAUACGUACAGCAGACAACACAUCCGAAUAUCUCCAAAAUCCCCCGAGUUCUGGAGGUUCAGUUGGCACGAGAAUGGAGUCUAUGACUUACCGGCUGCGGUCGACUACGUCCUCGCAAGAACGAGGCAAAUCAAAGUUACCCUAAUUGGUCAUUCGAUGGGGACUACCGCGAUUUACGUUUUCCUUUCCGUUCGUCCAGAAUACAACGAAAAAGUUGAUCUCGUUGUUUCGUUGGCACCGAUCGCUAUUUUUACCCAUCAAUAUCGAGGACCCGCAUUGACUAUCGGACUCAAAGUUGGCAAGGCAGCCCUGAGUUCCUUCAGACGUAAUGGUGUUUUAGAGCUUUUAUCUCACGGUGGCAUUGGCCCGCAACUGGUUUCAGCUUUCUGCAGUCGACCGGGGGCAAAGACUAUUUGUCGAGAGACCAUUUUCCUGAUAAGCGGAAGUGUCGAUCGCGAACAGUUCGAUGACGCUCUUAUACCAUCUCUGCUGGAACAUUAUCCAGCCGGAACUUCUCUGGAUACCGUAGAGCACUAUAGACAAAAUUUAGUCAAUCAAAGUUUUCGUGAAUUUGAUUUCGGAAGAGCGACCAACUACCUUCGUUACGGGAAUUUCACACCACCGGAAUAUCCAUUGAAGAAGAUUACAGCGCCUGUUAUAUUGUACUACGGUCUAAACGAUCCGUUAUCGCAUCCUUUGGACGUACAGGCUUUGGCUAGGGUGCUUCCUAAUCUUGUGGCGUCAAAAUUGGUGCCUUGGCCGAAUUUUAAUCAUUUUGAUUUCGUCAUUUCAAAGGACUCGAAAAUUCUUUUGUACGACGAUGUUAUCUCUGUUGUAAAAAAGUACAAGGAAGCUCAGAGGAGGAUUAGGACGCAUCGAUAGAAAUUUUGUCAAAGCCACGAAUAGUAAAAGCAAAACCAAAAAAAUAAAUAAAUAAAUAAAUAAAACAAUAUCACUCAUA